AUGGAAAUAAAUAAAGUUCAAAAUAAAGCAAAAUAUGAGUCAUUUGAUUAUGGGUAAUAUGAGAAGUUAAGAAAACUGUUUCACGAUCCUAGUUUUGAACCAAUUUAAGUAGAGGAAUUGGAUCUGUCAAAUGAGAAGGCUACUCAAAUGCCAAAUGUAUUAUGUUUACAACUGCUCACACAUCUUAAGGUUUUAGUGUUGAAUGGGAAUCAGAUUCAGAGGUUUCCUGGAAAAUUGGUUGCAAAAGAGUUACAGUCGCUGACGAUUUUGGAUCUCUCCAACAAUCUAAUUGAAGAAUUGGAUGAUAUUGCAGAUAUGAACUUGCCAAAUCUGUCAGUUUUGGAUUAUUAGGGGAAUUAUGUGUGUUAAUAUCUGCUGAGGAUAACUUAAAUAUAGCAAUUGUUAUGUCCAAAGAGAUAUGUGAAAUACAAUCCAGUUAAAGUAUUUACAGCAUCAUAUAAUCAACUUCCAGUCUGUAGGUUGACAGAAGCCUAGUAUUAGGAGGAAAAGAAGUGCUUGAGAUCAAUAUAGAGAGCACCUGAAGAGUUCAAACCUGAGGAAUUGAUGAAUACGGUGUCGAAGUUUUCACAUAAAAAUACUUUGGGGAAGUUUUGUUUAGAGAUGUGUCCAGUUCCAAGGAAGACAAGAUUCAAGAACUUAGAAUAUUUGAAUGGUACUUAGAUAACGAAGAUGGAUAUCAUGAGAGUGACAGGAGUUGAUAAUUAUAAGUUGGCAUUGGAAGUGGAGAAUUCUGAAACUAAGAAGUAUAAACAUGCUAAGAAAUCCAAAUUGCAUAAUGAAUACAUUUAGAAGUACAUAAAAAGAGUUCAAAGAUUAUUGGAAGAGAAGCCAUCUAAUGAUCCAGAUGAGAUUUUGAAGGCAAAGAAAGUAAAGAAAUUGGAUUAAAAGAAAUUUUCUGUUUGGGAAACUCCAUUGGAUGUAUAGUACAAGGAUUCAGAGUUCACAAUAGGGAUUGAAGAAUUUAAGUAGUAGAAGAAGGAAUUUGAGGAAUAAAAAAAGCAGAAAUUGGAGAGGAGACAUAAAAAAUAAAUAGAAAGGAUAAAAAAGAAGCAUCCUUCAUUUGAGGAAAGUGAGAGCGAUCAUGAAAUCAGAAGGAUGUAUUUGACUACUAAAGUAAAACCUAAAAUGAAUUUAAGCAGAGAUGAGGAUAGAAUAUACAGAUCUUCAGAAAGUUCUUUGAGUGAAGGAGACAGUCCUCAAGAAAGAUCAAGUACGAGUCAAGAGAGUGUGGAAAUGAAAGGACCUAAAUCAGUGGCUAAAGUAGAAGCCAAGCCUAUUAGUUACUAUAGGAAAAAGACGAAGGAAGAAAAUAAGAGCAAGGAAGUAGUUCAACAACGAAAAGUACAGCAGUAGAACAGACAACAGAGAAUAGAAGUGAUGGAUAAUGAGAAUAGUGAAAGUGAUAAGGAGACUCCAACAAGACAAGUCAAGAAAUCAUCAACACAAUAGUUGUUAAAGAGUCAUCAUAAAUAACAAACCUAUUCUCCAGUUGCUGUUCCUUAAUAGGCAAUACCUGCCUAAAAGAUUAUAACCAAGAUGCUGCAUGAUGAAAAUAGAAAUACUUUUGAUCUCAGUAAUAAACUGAGUGCUCAGCAUCCUGUUGUACGAGAAGGAGAGUAUAAGGAGUAGCAGUUCUAGAGAAUGUUGAAGGUCAAGGAGUCUGUUUAGAAGGAAAGAUAAGAAUUAGAGCAAAUACGGAAACCAGUAACUGCUCAACCACAGGUAAGGUAGAAGGUUAAUCGUGUGAUUGUGGAUGGUUAGAAGAAGAAGGCUUUGCCUACUCCAUAAAGAGAGUUGGUGAAAUUGCAUGGGGAUUUAGACAAGGCAGAGUUCCAAAGGAUUCAAAUCCCGUUGGAGGAGAUGAUUCCAACAGAAGAACAAGGAGUUCCUGAGAGGUUCAGACAGGAAUUUCUAUAUAAUGUCGAUAGUGAGACUUAUAAGGAAUUGCUGCAUUACAAGGGUAUCUUAGAGGAGAGUUUGAAUCUCAAGGAGGCUUGGAAAGAGAUGGAUGCGAAGUUAGAAAUUCUGGGAGCCACUAAACCAGAUAAGGAAUUGAGGUUUAAGGCAAAUGAUUACAAUGCUGUGCAUACAUAUUUGAAGGCUAAAUAUAAGGACAAGAUUAGUCCUUAUGAGAUGAGAGAAAUCAUAUAUGGAGCUAAUGAUUAUGACUUGUAGUCAGAACCCAGGAUCUAGGAGAAGGAUAUCAUGAAAAGGUUGGAACAAGAAGACGUUACUUAGGAGGAGAGACAAGUAUUAUACAAAUGGAUUGAAAUUUUGGAUGACAUCAGAUUGAAAUAGACUAAAACUGAUGAUAAGAGAUUGAGGAGAAUUGAAAUCAAAGAAAUUGAGAGAGCAUAAUCGUUUGCACAUCUUGCCUAUCAUUAUUAAAAGUUAAAGAAGUAUGUGUCUGCAGAUAAACUUUAGAAGUAUGUAAAAAUGAUGGGAAUACCCUUAAAUGAGAUUUUGAACCAAGAUAAUUAAAAGCUGAAGACAGGGCAAAAGAAGAAGACGGAAUAUGUUAACAGAUAGAAUUACUAGUAGACGAAAGUUCAGGCUCAGAAGAAGGAAAAGGAACAGAAGGAUUUGGCAAAACAGAUGCUGUAAAUUGAGGAGGACAAGGCUUAGAUGUUGAAGGAAUAUGAGGAAAUCAAUCAGCAACGAUACAGCAAUAUUAAGGCUGAGAUAAUGAGUGACAAUGGUAAUUUGGCUACCAAUGAUCCUUAUUAUCUGAAAUGUCUUAACAAAUUGGAAUAGGAUAAGGUGGAUGUGCUCAACAAAGUGGCCAAAUACAAUAUUCCAUUUGAAAACAUGGUGGAGUAGAAUCUAAGAAAAUUGCAGGACCAAUUCAUUACUACUUAAGGUCCAACUGACUUGGAGGAAUAAAUGAUGAAGUAUGCUUCUGAGUUCAAGGAGAAGAUCAAAUAAAGAGAACGAUUGCAGUAGAACAUCAACAAACAUAUAAGUGAAACUCAGAAGAAAUUGGAUGAAUUUUGGAUGUGGGAAGCCAAGGAAAGAGAAUUGAGAGAUGACAAGGUGGCUAGUUUGAUGAGACAAAUAAAGAGACUAGAAUUGGAUGAUUAAUAAACUAUAUAAUUCUGA